AUGAGUGCCCUCCUUAUAAUCGCUAGUGUUAUCUUCAUAUUCUACAAGUACUUCACGAAGAAGACUGUAGUCAAAAAAGUAUCGAAAUACCAUGCAGAUACUGUGGCAGUAUUAGAUCAGGCCCCAGGGCCUUUUCCUUUGCCAAUAGUUGGGAGUAUACACUUACUGGGUAAACACGAAUCGCCUUUCCAGGCUUUUACGGAGCUGGCCAAAGAUUACGGGGAUAUCUUCAGUUUGACCUUAGGGUCGACUAAAUGUUUGGUUGUUAAUAAUUUGGAGCUGAUCAGGGAGGUUUUGAACCAGAAUGGAAAAUUCUUCGGAGGACGACCAGACUUCUUAAGAUUCCACACUCUCUUCGCUGGAGACCGGAACAACUCUUUGGCGCUUUGCGAUUGGUCGAAUUUGCAGCUGCGCAGACGCAACCUCGCUCGCCGUCACUGCGGCCCGAAGCAGCACACAGACAGCUACGCCCGCAUCGGUAGUGUUGCUACGUUUGAAUCGAUCGAAUUAAUCCAAACUUUAAAGCACAUCACUAGACAAUCUGACGCUGCGAUCAACCUGAAACCUUUCCUCAUGUCUUCUGCAAUGAAUAUGUUCAGUCAUUACAUGUGCAAUGUCCGAUUCGAUCCCGACACUGAUUUGGAAUUCCGUAAAGUCGUCGACCACUUUGACGAGAUUUUUUGGGAGAUUAACCAGGGGUACUUAGUAGAUUUCCUGCCCUGGCUCGCUCCGUUCUACAAGAAACAUAUGGACAAAUUGGCCAACUGGUCACACGAUAUCCGGUCUUUCAUACUCUCCAGGAUCGUAGAACAACGCGAGACAAAUUUGGACACUGAAGGGCCUGAGAAAGACUUCCUGGACGGUCUUUUAAGGGUCCUGCGUGACGACCCUACUGUUGACAGGAACACCAUCAUAUUCAUGUUAGAAGAUUUCCUUGGAGGACACUCUUCUGUCGGGAACCUCGUUAUGCUUUGCCUCACAGCUGUAGCAAGAGACCCUGAAGUUGGCAAGAAGAUCCGCUCUGAAAUCGAAGGCGUGACCAAAGGCAAGCGGGCGAUAAGUCUGCUGGACAAACCUAGCCUUCCGUACACCGAAGCGACAGUCUUAGAAUGCUUACGAUACGCCUCUUCACCAAUCGUACCUCAUGUGGCGACAGAGAAUGCUGCUGUGGCAGGUUACGGCGUCGAGAAAGGCACAAUCGUUUUCAUCAACAACUACGAGCUGAACACUUCAGAGAAAUACUGGGAGAAUCCGGAGAAAUUCGACCCGACUAGGUUUCUGGAACGCAGCAAAAUCAGGGUUAGGAGGAAUUCACAGUGCGACUCUGGCAUGGAGUCUGAUGGAGAGAGGACCGGGCCCAUCGAUAAGACCAAGGAGAUGGAAAAGGAGGUCGUGUCAGUCAAGAGGAACAUUCCCCAUUUCCUUCCGUUCAGCAUUGGUAAAAGAACGUGUAUCGGCCAAACUUUAGUGACUAGUAUGAGCUUUGUCAUGUUCGCGAAUAUUAUGCAGGAGUUUGAUGUGGCUGCGGAGAAUAUAGAAGAUCUUAGACAGAAGCCUGCUUGCGUGGCUCUCCCUAAAGACACUUACAACUUAUACCUUCUGCCAAGGAAGCACUGAACUCAAUUAUUUAUUGCUUUUUGUAGAUAAAUUCUCUCGGGUUUAUGUGCGCUUAGGAUAUGAGUAGCUCCCAUUUAAAGACGCCACAUCGUUGCCCGUUUCACUUAGUGCCAAACGUAUCGCGUCGUGCGC